AGGACUGUGUGCCGGGGACACUGCGGAUUGGUAAAGGUUUCGUGGUGAUUAGAUGAAACAAUAAGGGACGUAAAAGUGAAUCGCGCUCAGCGACCGAGCUACAAAGACUCAGAUCUCAGGAAGAGGAUCUGAAAGCUGAAUAAACACACACAGCGAUAAGAAGCAAUAGCCAGACCGGAAGCGAAGACCAUGGCUGACGAAGACCACCUGACGGCCUCCGAGGAGCUGGUGGAGAGUCCCCCAGUCAGUCCGCGGCACCACGGAGACAGAGUCCGCGUCGAGUACUAUGUCAACGAGAACACGUUGAAAGAGCGGCUGCACCUCUACUUCAUCAAAAAUCAAAGAUCUAGCCUUCGGAUACGUAUUUUCAACUUGGUGAUCAAGCUCCUAACCUGUGUGCUGUAUAUCGUUCGUGUGGCUGUCGACCAGGACCCCAUAAAUGCCACUUGUUUUGGCUGUCCGGCGCCGGACCGGGCCGUGUUCGAGAAGAACAGCAACCUGACCAAGGAGCAGUUCAUGGAGGUGCCCAGCCACGAGGCCAUCAACUGGGCGGCCAUCUGGUUCGUGGACCGCCGGCUCGAGCUCUGGAUCACGCAGACCGUGCUGGCACUCGUCAGUCUUUCCGAGGCUCUGCUCCUGGCCUAUCUCACCUAUAAGGGUAACUUGUGGCAGCAACUAUUGAACUUCUAUUUUAUACUAGAACUGGUGAACACCAUACCUUUUAUGGCGACGGUGUUUUGGUCACCACUACGGAACAUAUUUGUACCAGUUUUUCUUAACUGCUGGCUAGCCAAAUACGCACUUGAAAAUAUGUUUAACGAUUUGAAUCGUGCCAUGCAGCGCUCUCAGUCGGCCUUAUCGCAGCAGCUAAUGGUGCUUUCUGCAACGCUGCUUUGCCUCGUAUUUACAAGCGUUUGCGGUAUACAGCACUUUCAAAGGGCCGGCCACCGUCACUUGAACAUCUUCCAAGCCUCCUAUUUCGUAAUCGUGACGUUCUCGACAGUGGGCUACGGCGACUUCGUGCCCGACAUCUGGCCCUCGCAGCUCUUCAUGGUGAUCAUGAUCUGCGUGGCGCUCAUCGUGCUACCGACUCAGUUUGAGCAGCUGGCUUACACGUGGAUGGAAAGGAAGAAGCUGGGCGGCACGUACUCAUCACAUCGGGCCGCCAACGAAAAGCACGUGGUGGUCUGCUCAACGACCCUGCACGCCGACACCAUCAUGGACUUCCUGAACGAGUUCUACGCGCACCCGCUGCUGCAGGACUACUACGUGGUUCUACUGUCGCCGAUGGAGCUGGACGCCACGAUGCGGAUGAUUCUCCAGGUGCCCAUCUGGGCACAGCGGGUCAUCUACAUCCAGGGCUCGUGUCUGAAAGACGGCGACCUGAACCGGGCGCGGAUGAACGACGCAGAGGCGUGCUUCAUCCUGGCGGCGCGCAGCUACGCCGACAAGACGGCUGCGGACGACCACACCAUUGUGCGGUCGUGGGCAGUGAAGGAUUUCGCUCCGAACGUGCCACAGUACGUGCAGAUAUUCCGGCCCGAGAACAAGGUGCACGUGAAGUUCGCCGAGCACGUGGUGUGCGAGGACGAGUUCAAGUACGCGCUGCUGGCCAAUAACUGCCUGUGUCCGGGUACCUCGACCCUGGUGACGCUGCUGCUGCACACCUCCCGAGGACAGGAAGGCCAGACAUCAGAGGAGGACUGGCACAGACUGUACGGCAGGUGCUCAGGAAACGAAAUCUAUCACAUUCGCCUGGGAGAUUCGCGAUUUUUCGGCGAGUACGAAGGGAAAAGCUUCACAUACGCCAGCUUCCACACGCAUAGGAAGUACGGAGUGGCGCUGGUGGGCGUCCGGCCGUCAGAACUGCCCGAAUUCUAUGAGGAUACAAUUCUUCUCAAUCCUGGCCCAAGGCAUAUCAUGAAAAACUCAGACAUAUGUUUUUAUAUGAGCAUUACAAAGGAGGAAAACAGUGCUUUCGUGGCUGGUGACGCCUUUCCAGAAGUACCCAUCACCAUGCCUGAAAAGCAAAAUAUGACCGAUGAGAAAAGCAAACUAAACCAGCGUCCUACGCAUACAACAGUGGACAUGGUGGCACUGGAGAAGCAGAAGCUGCGGGAGCGCCCACUGCGCGAGCUGCAGCGCGGAAUGAGCUGCGAGAGCCGCGGCAGCGUGCCCAGCAUGAGCUCCAAUCACCUGGACGUACCGCGGGUGGAGGCCGGCGACCCGCCCGGCGCCACCCUCCGGAUAGGCGCGCGGCGACCCAGCAUCCUGCCGGUGCCGGACCAGUUCACGUCGUCGACGCUGAACGUCAGCGGCAGCCGCGACAGCAGCGACGAGCGCAGCGAGUCGGAGGACGAGAUCGACAGCGUGCCCUGGAGGCCGCCCAGCGAGAAAAUCGCGAUUGUGAAGGGCUUUCCUCCUGUGACGCCGUACAUCGGAGUCAGUCCCACGCUCUGUUACCUGCUGCGGGAGAAGAAGCCGCUCUGCUGCCUCCAACUCGCCCAGGUGUGCGAACACUGCUCGUACCGCUCAGCCAAGGAGUACAGCUGGCAGAACAAGGCCGUCAUCCUGGCCGCCGACUUCGCCUCCAACGGCAUCUACAACUUCAUCAUCCCGCUGCGGGCACACUUCCGUCCCAAGUCGUCUCUGAACCCCAUCAUCCUGCUGCUGGAGCGGCGGCCCGACCUGCCCUUCCUGGACGCCAUCAGCUACUUCCCGCUCGUCUAUUGGAUGCUCGGAUCAAUCGACUCGCUGGACGACCUGUGUCGGGCGGGCAUCAACCUGGCCGAGAACGUGGUGGUGGUCAACAAGGAGCAGAAUAACGCCAUCGAGGAGGACUCGCUCUCAGACUCCAACACCAUCGUCGCCGUGCAGACCAUGUUCAAAUUCUUCCCUAGCAUCAAGAUAAUCACUGAGCUGAGCCAGUCUUCAAACAUGCGGUUUAUGCAGUUCCGAGCUCAGGACAGCUACGCACUUCAUCUGUCGAAAAUCGAAAAGCUGAGAAGGGCGCGCGGCGCCGGCGGCGCAGACACGGCGCCGCUGCUGGGCUCUGACGACGUCGGCCGGCUGUUUCAGCGAGAGAAGGACCGCGGCUCGCACAUCUCCUGCAUGUUCCGGCUGCCGUUCGCCGCCGGCUCCGUGUUCAGCGCCAGCAUGCUGGACACGCUGCUGUACCAGGCGUUCGUCAAGGACUACCUCAUCAUCUUUGUGCGGCUGCUGCUGGGUAUCGACCAGGCGCCCGGCUCAGGGUUCCUGACCUCGAUGCGGAUUUUGCCGGGCGACAUGUGGAUCCGAACGUACGGUCGUCUGUAUCAGAAGCUGUGUUCGACCACCUGCGAGAUUCCCAUCGGCAUUUACCGCACCAUGGACACGUCGGAGAGCGCCUCGGACCUGUGUGGUCAGCAGGAGGACCCGAAGGCGAAUCACUCUCAGCUGAUUGAGAGGGCCGAGAUCGCCCAGCUGGUCAGGAGUAGGAUGCAAAGUCUGGGUUUGCCGGUGGAGGACUACGAUGACGUCUCGGAGAAGCGCGGCAGCAUCAGUUACGUCAUCAUCAACCCGAGCUGUGACCUGAAGCUGGAGGAGGGAGACAUCGUAUACCUGAUUCGGCCAAGCCCGUUCUCGGCGCAGAAGACGUUCGAGCGGCACAACAGCCGGCGAAAGUCCAACAUAUCCAUGUGCGACCCGCGGCGGCGCGGCAGCGCGUGCUCGCGCAACACGGUAGCCAAGAGCAACUCGCUGAGCCUGCCGGACAGCCCGCACCAGAAUCCGCCGCACCAGCGGGCGCGCUCCAGCUCACUGCGCGUCGACGACAUCCUCAUGAAGCGCUCCAACUCGCUGCGACUCAGUCUGUACGAGAACACGCGCAAGAUCUCCAGUCUGGAGGAGCUGGGCGGCCUGGGCGACACGCUGCCACCGCUGAACCCCAGCCUGCGCGAGCGCACCGUGCACAUGCCGGCCACGGACAGCAUCGGCCUGAAGGUGACGCCGCCCGAGGAGCACCAGGUGGCCGUGACGCUCGGCUCCGGCUCCGAGUCCUCCAUCCCCAGCAUUCACCUCGAGGGCACCAUCGUAUGACACGGGGACUCCAGCACCGAUUCAGUGCCGUCGACAUCCAGUGAUGAGGAGGCCGACCCCGAGUGGCGGCCGGUGGCCGGCCCGCGGCCCGCUCCGGCGCCCGGCGCGCCGGCCGGCCCAUAACGCCGGCCAACGGGGGCACGGCCGCGGCACGGCGGUGGACUCCGUGGACCAACCUCUGACACUGGAGAUGGUGGAAGCUCGGCCGCUGGAGAUGAUCCUCUAAAUGGCCCGCGAUGAGCCCCGAGCAGCUGUGCUGACAAAUAUCAGUCGUUGACCCGCGACCUCUGACCCGCCCGUUGACCUGUCUGCUGACUCUAUUGUGGAAUAUUUUCCGAGUGCUGUGGGCGCGGCUCUGCGGUGCUGUGUGACAGGUUUGUGAUCUCGGCGGUCGGCGUCAGGUCGGCUCCCUCACAGUGAUAGUAGGCCGAGAGUUCCCUGUCCGUGCGGCGGACAGCCGUCUCCGGCACAGCGUCUGUUUGUGCGCGUGUGUGUGAUCGGAGAGUGAUGAACCUGCAGUCAGCGUCGCCCGACCCUCCCUGGAAGGACCGGCUGCCCUCCGCUGCGCGUCUCCGGUGGUCCCUCCGUGCGGGAUAAUCGUCAUAGUCGGGUCUGAUUCUGCGUAUUUGAGAGAUCGCUGCUGUGAAUCGGUGAUCCUUUACCGAGGCUAUAAGGCAGGGUGAGACAAUGUUCAAUGCACCGACACCCCACACAAGAUGUGACUUUGCACAGGAACACUGUGCAUUGAAAUAUCAAUCGGCCCAAUGACUGAUACGAAUGCAGUAGCUGUACAGGAAGUAAAAAGCUAGUCCGAUAUUGUCACUAAUUAAUGCGUAAUAUGCGAUUGGCCAUUCGACCAUAAUGGCUUUUGUUCAGACAUAACAUAAAACAGUUUUUAUUAUCACAACCUGACGGCAGCACUGCGUCACGUUGCACAUGUUGCAUUCUUUGCAGCGUCAUAUCUGGUGUUUUUCGGUACAAAGGAGGUGCUGGGGAGAGCCAAUUCACGCCAACUCAGCCCGUGGUAUCCGCUGGGUUACGGCCGGAUCCGGUCAUAAUUAGUAUUUAUCUUCCUGUUCCCGUCGAUGACUCAUCAAGAAUUAGUAUUAUAAGAAUAUACUUCGGUCUCCCAAGGUCGACACCGAAUUGUCAUGCAUUUUUUAUAUGUGCUUUAAACGUUUUAGCUGAAACUACAUACACUCAGCACCCGACAUUUUUGAGUUGUGUUUAUGAGAUAGGUGAAACUCUUCGACUUUCCGUCAUACGCUUACAUACUGUCGUGCGCGUAUAUUCCCAAACAACUUUCAACAAACCACGUGUCAGCCCCGCAGACCGGCGAACAAAAGCACACGAGAUGUUGUCUUCGUGAACGGCGUCUGAACCUGAGCCUGUUACGGUGUGUGUGUAUGCGUGUGUAGCCCAUGGGUUACCGGAGGAGCGGCCUAUCCGGACGCGCUGGUGUGAGGAGGGGUGCUGAACGGAACGGACAGCGCCCGCCUGUGUCAAUCUCAUGUAGUCGCCUGUGUGGGCCGCGCGCUAGGUCGGCGGCCUCUAACCCGUCUGCUCGGUCUCCGGGAGUGCACCGAAACCUGAGGCCGACCGACACUGUGAUGGCAAAGUGCGCCGACAUAUUUUUCACUCCACUAUGCUGCUUAUGAAUAUACUGGCACCCGGCCCGAGA